AUGGAAGCACACCAGAGUCCGGUAGCGGUGGUGGGCGGAAGAGGCGGGUUGCCCAACCCAGUUAUCAUGGAAGAGGCCAGAGGGCCACACACGAUGGGAAAGGGCGAAGAGGCUAUAAGAGAUAUAGUCUGCGGUUCAGCAGCUGGUAUUGUUGGAAAAUACAUCGAGUAUCCUUUUGAUACCGUCAAGGUCCGCCUCCAGUCACAGCCGGACAACGUACCUCUCAAGUACACUGGACCACUGGAUUGUUUCAAGAAAUCACUACAGCAAGAUGGCUUCAUAGGCAUCUACAGGGGGAUCAGCGCGCCUCUGGUCGGCGCUGCGGUCGAGACCAGCACUCUGUUCUUCAGUUACCGCUUGGCCGGAGAUGCUCUCAAGUCUUCGGGCUUCUAUCCUGAACUGAAGAGACACCCUGAAAGAGAGUUGCCCUAUACUGGCAUGCUCUAUUGCGGCAUGGUCGCUGGAGCCAUCACAUCACUUUUCCUUACACCGAUUGAGCUGGUAAAGUGCAAGAUGCAAGUUCCUCUGGAAUCACCCGGUGGUAUUGUAGCCGCACCGACUAUUCGAGGAGUUAUCGCUUCAAUCUACCGUCACCAAGGCCUCAAGGGAUACUGGCACGGACAGAUUGGAACGCUGAUCCGUGAGACAGGAGGUGGCGCAGCAUGGUUCGGCGGGUACGAAGGCAUGAAGAUACUCUUCAAGGGAUCCAGUGCAACGGCCAAGGACGAAGACCUCGCUGUCUGGCAGCGCAUGGUUUCCGGUUCUGUCGCCGGAGGAGCUUACAACUUCACAUUCUACCCCGCCGACACAAUCAAGUCGAGGAUGCAGACAGAAGAUGUCAAGCAGUUGACUGGCGGAAAGUCAACAUUCAGCGCAGUAGGAAAAGCGCUCUGGAAGCAACAUGGCAUCAAGGGCAUGUACCGCGGCUGCGGCAUUACAGUUGCCAGGUCGAUACCCAGUUCCGCCUUCAUCUUUACCGUAUACGAGGAACUGAAGAAGCGAUGGUCUGUACAACGAUUCGAAUAG